AACAUGGCGCCGGCCCGCAGCAUUGCUGCUACCCCGACAGACGACGCAGAGAGGGACAGAAAGAGGAGAAGAAGAAGCGGGUAGUAACCCACCCUGAACGUGUUUUAAAAAGUAUUUUAAAACGAACACAACUUCAGGCUAGACUUUACCUGCUGCUUUUGGAUACGUUUACGCGUCUGGCUGUGCGCGUAGAGCCCACCUGUGCGACGAAGGUAGAUUUCACAAUGUUUCGUGUAGGAUGUGAAUCUCCCUGAUUUAUGUGACAUAACGGAGCAGACUGGGCAGACAGACGGGUAACUCUGGCUCAGAGUUGGCUCUGGUAAAAACAUGUGCAGCCCUGUGAGGAGCAGAAACACAGAGGUUGUAGAGGACUGAGUCUUUCCAGGAAUAAAAAAAAAACCCAACUUUUUCCGCACUUUCACGCCGAGAGGAUGGAUGGAGAACAAUCUGCGCUGUCAGGAGUUGAGAGGGAAAGAGAGAAGCUUCCACCAAUUUACAACAGCUCCCCUCCUGCUGGUAUAGGACGAGGAGCUAAGCAGCCGUUUCCGUCUCUGGGCACCUUCAUCUCCACACUGAGCCAGCGGCGGGACGCGGCGGGGCGGGGCUUGGCUGGCGGCAUGACGGGCACCCUGACCAGCACCCAGUGGCUCAGACACGGGAGAGAGCUGCCUCCGAUCGGCAGUGAUGUUCGCCAAAAGCAGCGGCUCUCCAUUGACACUCUGCCCCCAGAGGUCAAAGCUCCGUUUCCCUCCGAUCCCAUCAUCCCCCUGCGAACCAAGACCACCAAGGAGUUUCUAGAGGACAUGGAGGGUGCCGUCCAAUCAGGUGACUGGAGGGAGGUCCGAGAGUUUUACCUGACCACCUUUGAUUCCUUCAUAGAAAUCAACGCUGCCUUUAAGCGAGAGGCGAACGGAUCGUUUAACACCAUAGAUGACUCGGGAGUCAACGCCAAGUUUGUCAACGCUGUUUAUGACGCACUGCUCAGCACACCUCAGGACAUCCAGAAGUCAGUGUUGAAAGGGAUCAUCAACAGCCUGCUGAGGGAGUGGAAAGGGCCUCGGACAAAAGAUGACCUGCGGGCUUAUUUCAUUCUUGUUCAGAACCCCCAGUAUUCAAGCACCAGCACCUACGUGAUCUACGCUCACCUGCUGAGACAGAUCGCAGCUCUGUCUGAGGCCGACCACCACUUCCUGGUUCACUGGCUCAAAAAGCUGUCGGUGAGGCGUUUCAGGCAGCUGGUAGAGCGCCUCCUGCAGUUCAUCUCCACCCGUCUGUUUCCUGCAGAACCAGACGAAUUUCCUCCUCUGGCCAAGUGCGCCUGGUGGAUUCCCUCUGCUACCAAAGUGCUCGGCCUGUUCAAUGCAGCCAACAGUGUCUCCUCUCCUCCCAUCAUGCCUUUCACCGACUUCUACAACAUCACUCUGGAGCACAUAGACUUCAUGGAGGAGUACAGGACCUGGCAGAACUACGGCAAUUCAAAUAGGUUUUCCUUUUGUCAGUUUCCCUUCAUCCUUUCGACUGUGGUGAAAAAAGCCAUCAUCCAGAAAGACUCUGAGCAACAGAUGAUCAGUCAGGCCAGGCAAAGCCUGGUCAGUAAGGUUUCUCGCAGGCAGAGAGUGGACAUGAACCUUCUGUUCCUCAACAUUAAAGUACGACGAGCACAACUCCUCAGCGACUCACUGGAUGAGUUGAUGAGGAAGCGGUGCGACCUGAAGAAGAAGCUGCGGGUGACGUUUGUCGGGGAGGCGGGGCUGGACAUGGGCGGCCUGACGAAGGAGUGGUUCCUGCUGCUGGUCCGACAGAUCUUCCACACAGACUACGGAAUGUUCACCUACAUGAAGGACUCGCGCUGCCAUUGGUUCAGCAGUUGGAAGUGUGACAACUAUUCUGAGUUCCAGUUGGUUGGGACUCUGAUGGGCUUGGCAGUUUACAACAGCAUCGCUCUGGACAUCCACUUCCCACUCUACUGUUACAGGAAGCUCCUCAGUCCACCUACUGUGCCAUGUGACCAAAAUGCCCUUGUUGGGAUGGCACCCGCCACCCUGGACGACCUGCAGCAGAUCAUGCCGGAGCUGGCUCAUGGUUUGGGAGAGCUGCUGAGCUACGAGGGAAACGUAGAGGAAGACUUCUACCUCAGCUUCCAGGUGUACCAGGAGGAAAUGGGCGUGGUCAAAUCCUACAACCUGAAGACUGGAGGCGACAAAAUCCCCGUCACCAAGCACAACAGGAAGGAGUAUGUCCAGCUCUACGUCGACUUCCUGCUGAAUAAAUCCAUCUAUAAACAGUUUGCUGCCUUCUACCAUGGAUUCCACAGUGUGUGUGCCUCCGAUGCCCUCAUGUUGCUGCGGCCGGAGGAGGUGGAGAUGUUGGUGUGCGGCAGUCCAGAGCUCGACAUGACCGCUCUGCAGAAAGCUGCUCAAUAUGAAGGAUUCAGCAAGACCGACACGACCGUACGGUGUUUCUGGGAUGUGGUGUUGGCUUUCCCUCUGGAGCUGCAGAAGAAGCUCCUCCACUUCGCCACAGGAAGUGACCGCGUUCCCGUAGGAGGAAUGGCCGACCUCAACUUCAAAAUCUCCAAGAUCGAAGUUCCAACUGACUGGUUGCCGAUCUCUCACACCUGUUUCAAUCAGAUCUGUCUGCCUCCGUAUCGAACCAGGAAGGAGCUCAAACACAAACUCACCAUUGCCAUUUCCAACGCUGAGGGCUUCGGCCUGGAGUGACCAGCCUACACACACCACACACACACACACACACACACACACACACACACACACACACACACACACACACACACACACACAGACUAUUAGUGGCGUUAGCUAUCUGUCUGCCACAGCUAUCACAACGCACCUUAUGUAUCUCUUUGGUCGUAGAUCAGACUGUAGAGGGAACGAGUUUCUCAACAAUAUUAUUAUGUACUGUAACGCAGUUUGUAUUGUAAAAUCGGGGUCGGACAGCUCAGUGUGUGAGUGUUGUAAGAAGAUGGGAACUUCCCACCGCAACAGCCACAGAGAAACACUAGAAAUGUUUUUAUUUGCACACGGACUAUGUUAGUUUUAAUGUUAGACAGCCCUGACUGAAGAAAUUCAGAUUUUUAGUUGUUGUCACGGGGGGGUAUAUCAGCGUAGGCCUCCCGAACCCGUUGCUGGUCCAAAUCAAGGUUUCAUGAAUGAAAUUUUAAACAUGUCUGGGCCCAUACCACUGAAAAGUCAUGUGUGUUCUCCAGAAACCUUGUAUUUAAAUAAUAAUAGGUUGCUGGUUUGCUCAGGUAAUUAUUAUUAUCAAUAUUAGAGAACAAGGUAUUUGUACACUAUGUUCAAUGAUCCUGUAUUUUAUGGUGCUGCGUAAACUGAGACUAAGUCUGCAUUAAGCCGGUCAAAUUUUUAAAUGUGUCUUUUUCUUUCCAUUUCCUGCCAGAAUAGAGCAAACUUUUUUCUCCCCCCAAAGUGGAGCUUUUCCAAAACGGCCUUCAGGGAGCGUAAAUGUUAAAAUGCCUGCUUGGUGUUUCAGUGAGGGUCGGAAGGUGUGUCCCUGUAAAGUUAAAAAGGACACAUUUAGUCGUCUCUGAUUAUUCAUUUUAAAAGACGUUAACGACUACUAAGACUAGUUGUCGUUAACGUGGAUUUAUUAUUUAUUUAUUCAUUUUGUCAGACGAUGUUGCAGCUAUGAAUCAAUGACUCAUUCUCACUCCUAAGUCAUCACAUACGGACGCAUGGUCAAGACCGCUUGGCGUUAGUUUAUAAAGCAAUGGGAAGCCCUUUUUUUAAUACGCUAAAAGUAGGUUGUGUAGUCCAGAAACCGGACUUUCAUCAAGAGGCUGGUGUUUUUUUAGAGUGGUGUUAUAACUUAUUGUACCCCAAACCAUGAUGUUUUCCUAAAAAUAACCAAGUAGUUUGGGUGCCUAAACCUAACCAAACUGCAGUGUUUCACAUUGACCAUGCACGUUUCACAACGUUAACCGCUAGUUUUAUUUUGAAAGUCUAACUGAAUGUUGCAUAUUUGUUAUUGCAAAUUCGACCGCGGAGCCCUACACGUGCGAAAACAGGUCCCAGGGUGUUGACUAAGCGUCCAUAUGUGUUGUUUAGUCAGCCGGCUGUCUGUCUGGCCCACUCCUUACAUGAUGUUGGCUGAGAUGCAGUUUUGAUGUCGACCAACUGAAAAGUCAGAUUUAGGUUUUUUCAUGCCAUUCAGGUGUGUAACUGUCAUUUUCACACGGCUCAAUGUAGACAUAGUCUGAGUUGAACAGAAAAUCAGGCUGGAGUUCAAAUUACAAACGCAACAGAUACAGUACAAGUAAAAAAAAAAUAAAGGUUAGGUCAGUAAAAAUAUUAAUUGGAAUAUAAGAUUUCUGGAGAACAGUCAAGUGUUGAUGUUUUAAUAUUUCCUGUUUGUGUGGAUUCUGACUUCACUGCUUUGGUGACUUUUUAAAUGUAUUUUUAUGAAGGCAUAGGAAAUGUGUUUUUAAAUCCCUUGCUUUGUUUGCAGCACACUGUCGGGAUGGAAAGCUUUGCUGGGAGAAGAAUGCUAUCGUGUAUCAUGAGAUAUAGACUGUCUUGUGAUUUGUUUUAUUGUUGUUUUGACAUUGCUGCCUGUUUAAUUGAACAAAAGGCUGCAGCACAACUGUUUCUAAUUUAGUUGUAAAUGUUGUAAUGUUGUGGUACAGAGCUGAUUGACAGCUGGGUGUUUGUUUUGGCUCUCUCGUGUCACGGCUGCCGUCAGGUUGAGAGGUGACCAACGACCGGCAGCGGGAAGCUGGUAGAUGUUAGUCGAGAAUGGAUCAGAAGAUGAAGCAGGAUAGGAAAAGAAGUCAUCUUCUAGAGGUCCUGUUAUUAACAAGUAGUCCAAUAGUCAGACUGGUUAUUUGAGUAUUGAGAUAUUUCAGCUAUUGUGGUGAAGUGCUUACAGAUUAUUACAUCAUACCGAAUGUCCUCGGAAAAAUCCAAAGAAGCACAUAAUUUCUUUCUCAUGUAGGGACUGAAGUUCUGCUUUUAAGCGCUGUGCUCCCUAGGGCUACAACCAACGAUGAUUUUCAUUAUCGAUUAUGGAUUAAUAUUCUCGAUUAAUCAAUUAGUUGUUUGGUCAAUGAAAUGUCAUAGAUGGUAAAAUAGAAAAAUGUCAAUGAGUGUUUACCAAAGCCCAAGAUGACGUCCUCAAUUGUCUCGGUUUAACCCAAAGAUAUUCAGUUUACCGUCAUAGAGGAGGAAAAAAACAGAAAAUAUUCACAUAUAAGAAGCUGAAUCUGAGAAUUUACUUAGUUAUCUUAAAACGAUGAAUCAAUUAUCCAAAUAGUUGCCAAUUCAUUUUAUAUUUGACAAGUAAUCGAUGAAUCAGCUAAUCGUUACAGCUCUUGUGCUCGCUGCUGUCAAGUGUGAUCAGAAACUUUGUUACUUCGUGGAAAGUGAUGCUCCGUUUUCAACAACAGGUAAAUUUCACUAGGUGCAGCUCUGAGGAGGACAUGGUGCCAUUAGUUUUUUACAUGGACUGUGUUCAAUACAAACGUUUUCACCUGCACUUAGUCUUAGUUUUUUCUAUUUUGAAUUUAAUCUUCCUUCAAGUGGGAGCUUAUUUUUUAAGAUUCAAUUAAUGUGGAACUUCACGAGCAGAAGUGCUCGCUUUUACCCCCAGGUAAUCUAACUUAUAGUCAGUCUCCCCUACCCCCGACCUUAUUUUAGAACCUGUCUGUCAGAUCACAGCGCCCUUCUCUCCAAUGAUUCUUCUCCAUUCAACAAGAAAGACAUCACAUUAAGGAAGUUAAGAUGCUAGUUCUCUGGGGAAACGCUGAAUCAGGGAAGUAGAUAUUCAGACCGUCAUGAUUUAAAUGUUGGUGGCAUCCAGACUUUCUGCCUUUGGUUUAACUUAACUUUUUUGGCUUUCAUUCAGAGCUGUGCUGGUUUUUAACACUCAGCACUCUUAUUUAAAGGUUGCCAUGGGAAAUGUCUGAAUUCCUAAAGACGAGCUAGUAAAAAAAACAACAAAAAAAACAGGUUACCAAGCAACAGCCGGAUCUGGGUCACUCAUUCAGUCUCACUGAGCGUCUAUAGGGUCUGAAAAAGCUCCUUAUACAACAGCGGAUGCUUUUUUUUUUUGUCAUUUAACGACAAGUCCAGAGCAACAGCAGGAGCCAGAAGCAUCAAAUCAUCUGUUUGAGAAGGACUUCAUUCCACAUUCACACCACGGACUGGGAAAAAUGUCAGCAUCCUAAUGCUGAAUACAAAAAGGACACAUUUUAUGGCCGUGAAGUGGGAGAGGUUGUCAGAGGAGCUUGGAUAAAUGGGAUAAUGUGAUGUCUGAGAAGUUGGGGGGGUUUUUUUGCUAUGUGAAUCUGACCCAGGUCUGUUGCAUGUGAAUGGGACCAAACUGUGUCAGGUUAUACAGUGGGAAGGCAGCGUAAAGACCUUGUUAAAAAAAUCUGUUUGAAAAUAGUUUGAAUGGAUUCAAAGGAUUUGUUGAGAUGUAAUUAUUUGAACUUGUCAGAAAAGAGCACUUAAAAAGUAGAGAAAAGUCAUGUUUGUUUUUAUUAUUUAACAGUUGUAAACCUUCAGGUUCAUCGGUAUCUGUCCGUUAAAUGUGUGUACAAUUCCUACUGUUGGGUUUUAACAUGAAUUGCAAGAGUUUGUAAUGACUGUCUCUCGAGUGAAUGACCGUGCAUGACCCAUUUUGAAAACGUCUUAUGCUUCUCUGUUGCCUAAGUGUUAUAUAAUAUACUGUAUGUACUGCAAUGUUUCCACAAGUAUUUACUGUAAAGUAAAGGUUGACAGGGGGGUCGUUCCUCUCUAGAAAAAGA